GCAUGUCGGAGUAUGAGUGCAGUGGUAGCUCCAGAGCCUCGACGCCACCGAGCGCCACUGUGCCCAUGCCUUGGCGGCACACAACGCCUCGUCCCCACCACAUCGCAACGCAGUUCCGGUUUUUUGAUCCACGCUUUGAGUAACACGCCCAAUGCGCUUCUAACCCAUGUCUCAAAAUCUGAUCUUUCAAGUGGUUGGAUGUGGAGUUCAUCAGUUUCGGAACACCUUUCCAUGGCUAGGUUGCUUCUUCCCGUGCUGAGGCAAUGCCGUCUUUGCGGUGAAGAUCCACUGGGGUGACCCUGUUAUUUUUUCUCAGCUGCUGGCUUUUCAAGCUUCUUCAAGAACGGGAGAUUGGAAGCUGCGGGCGGGUAUGAGACGACGGUAGGGGAAUUGAAGGAAAGCAGUGGCGAAAACAUCAUGAACGGCGCGCCGGAAGGCUCUGGGGGAACCAUGCGGUUGAAAGGCGUCGCUGGAGGGGCGGGUACCGACGAUCGAAUCAAGGGGCCAUGGUCGCCUGAGGAAGACGUCGUGCUGAACCGCCUUGUAGAGAAAUUUGGGGCUAGGAACUGGAGCCUGAUCGCGCGCGGCAUCCCGGGCCGGUCGGGGAAGUCGUGCCGUCUCCGCUGGUGUAACCAGCUCAAUCCUGGUGUUAAGCGGAAGCCCUUCACAGAGGAAGAGGAUCGAGCUAUAGUGGCGGCGCAUGCAAUCCACGGCAACAAGUGGGCCUCUAUAGCCCGGAUGCUACCAGGCCGGACUGAUAACGCCAUCAAGAAUCACUGGAACUCCACUUUGCGGCGGAAGCACACGGGCGACGACCGGGGUCGAAAGGAAGGCUCCUCGGAUGGGUCCGAAAAGGGGAAAGAGGAUGGCAGCGACACGGAGCGCAUUCCACCAGCUCGCGAGUACGAUAACGACGCAGGCGACGACUCGGGUCGUGACUACGACGGUGAGGAGUUUGCAGUCUCCUCUGACACUCCAAAUUCGUGGCCAUCACGUAACUCGGAGAAGAUGACCGCGGGGGAGUCGAUGGACGAGCGGUCACAUCUCCGAUUCGAUCAGUCAGAGCGCGACAGCGAGAAUGAUGCUCAAGCUCAAGCUGGUCUCAAAUCUUCUGAGGAGAAACCCAUCCGACCCACCCCUCGCCCGAGCGCCUUCUUUUCCUACAGGAAAAUGGUGGGGAAUCAAGGCUUUGUAGAGGUUGGCUCUUCAUCCGUCUCACCCCCUUCACAUGCCAACGACGAUGGUCUGAGCUCCACAUCGGUCUCGUCCUUCAUGCCGCCGUUCGCGACCUGGAGUAUGCCUGAGGCCCCGGGCAAUUGCGGCCGCGGAUGCUGUCCUCCGCAAUCCUGUGAUCGGCCACCUGAAACCUCGAUCUCACCGAGAGGUCCUUUGAUGGGGCCAGAUUAUGUGGAGUCCGCCGACGAUGGAUUUCCCACGAACCUCCCGAUUCUGUCGUCCAUGGAUGAUAGUUUUGCUUCUUUGAGCGAUCCUGGCGCUACCUCGAAGCUGCUGUCGUCGAUCCAUGCUGCUGUGGCAGAGAUUGUGGUGCCUGUGCUGCAAAGGCAGAUGAAGCAGACCACGGAGAGCUUCCUGGUUGUAGAUAAGGAGAGUAUGUCGAGCUCGAGAUUGAACUUGGGAUUGAUGCGAGAAGUUGUUGCACAAGAGAUCUCUCGCUACACCGGGAUUUUGGUUCUGGAUCAGAGUCCUCAAUGAAUCUUUUGAGCAGGUCUCAUGUUGCAUGUAAAUAAUAUCCCAUUCGCAGUGCUUCGACUUAAUGGACGCGUCAAUGUGCGCGACGCAGGAGGUACUCAUGUAAAGAGAAAUGGUACCCCUCGGGUAAUUCAUGUCAGUAGCUCUGAUGAAAUAGAAAAGGUCAUGAAACGACCUUGUGAUGUAAUUAGUCCUAGCAUUAGGAGCGUUUUCAACGAGCAUGUCACUAAGUUGUGAGGACAUUUUCCAUUGGAAUAUCAAGAGUGUGGAAUGCAUAAAUGGCACACGAAUAAUACAAACCAUUUGUGUCUGUAA